UACAGCGACGUAUAUGCGUCCGAGAGGGAGGGAGACUGUGGCGCUGCGUGACGCCGCCACCGCCGCCGCUGCUGGAGAGUAAUUGAAUCAGAAGUGCGGUCGGCGACACUUGUGCAACCAACGACGCGCCGCUGGACGAGUUGUAAGCCUCGUGACGGCGCCGUGAAAGAAGGGGAAGAAAGAGACGUCCGUCUGUCCGCAUUUCAGCAGCCCUUGGCGGCGCACCACGUUUUGCGCGAUAUACGUAUAUAUAAAGUGUGCGUGUGAACGCACGUCGUCCCGCGUCCGGCCGGCCCCUACACGUGUGCAGCAAGAGCUGCUCGCAUCUCAUCCGUCCAGCAGCAGCAUCGAGUCUUGUAGUAGCCGCCAGCCAAUCGCGCUCACGACUGCCGGCAUCGCACUCGCAGGCCUCGCAGCUCUCCCCUAGUCCCCUUGCAUCGACGGCGCCAUAGUGUGUGCUACGUUAGUACGUUCUCUCUAUAGUACCUAUAGCUAUAGUGCGGAACUCUGCACUCUGCAGUCGCCGCCGCGAGCCGAGAGAGACAGUCGUCGUCCGUCGACGAGUGCGUGCGAGCUCUACACACGGUCUAAAAUGGCUGACCACCGUGAGCGAGGAGAAUACUACGGCGGCGGUGCCGACCUGAGGUGCAAGAACGACGACCCUCCGAAUUCUCGGCUCUUCGUCAUUUGCCAUAAAAGCCUCGAGGAGGAGGAACUCAGAAAGGCCUUCGAGAAGUUUGGCAACAUCGAGGAUAUCUGGGUGGUCAAGGAUCGCAACACUGGCGAGAAUAAAGGGGUGACGUACAUCAAGUAUGCGAAAACGUCCCAGGCCGCCUUCGCCCUCGAGGAGAUGAACGGCAAGAUGCUCAGCUCCGUCGGCAGACCCAUCAAAGUCAUGAUUGCGUCCAACCGUGAUCAAGGUUCUGUCAGAGAGACGAAUGAGGAGGAGCGCUGGGUCAGGUUAUUCUGCGUUCUACCAAAGUCCAUGACAGACAGCGAGCUCCAGCAGGAGUUUUCCAAGUUUGGGGCCAUUGAGUAUGUGACGGUGGUUAAGGACAGAAGCACAAAUGAAUCAAAAGGUUUUGGUUAUGUUAAAUUUAAGAAAGUAUCCAGUGCCGCAAGAGCCUUUGAAGAAUGCGAUAGAAAGUACAAAGCUGUAUUUGCCGAGCCAAAAAAACCCAAGCCAGAUCCUGAUCAGAAGUACAGUAAUGGAAUGUCCAUGGGUUACGACAACUCGAAUAACUCAAACUAUGGUAAUAAUUAUGGUAAAAGCAGUAUCGGUUUAGAAAUAGCGACAAACUAUCCCAAUCCAGAAGGUUACACCAAACUUCAAGUCAUUGCACAUCCAGCCUUAAAUCAAGAUCAGUUGUGGAAACUCUUUGACAUUGUGCCUGGCAUGGAUUACUGCCAUCUAAAAACAGAUGCCAGAUACAGGAUGCCACGAGGCCAAGCCACAGUUGUCUACACGAAUCCCAAUGCGGCCGCGUACGCAAGGGAAAAGUUUCACGGAUUUGAGUAUCCCCUUGGUCACAGGAUGAUUGUGAAACCUGACUUGACAGGAGCAUUACCUCAAAAGCCUGGUCUGAAGCAAGGUAUUCCCAGUAACAAUAUCACAACUCCAGGCGGCGUUGUUGCGGCACGGACUGAUUUGGCUCAGUUGGCAGAAACCAUUGCACAAGCAACUUCGCUCAUUCAACAGGCUGGUCUAACAGCUCCUAUUAUAGAUCCUUCAAUCUGUAAACUACCUCCUAUGCAACCUAUGGCCAGUAUUGAUGCAGAUGUCGCGAAGCGAUGUUUCAUAGUUUGCGGUCCUCCAGUGCCUCCUAUCUAUGCCAUGAAAGACGCAUUUUGUAGGUUUGGUAACCUAAUCGACGUCUACAUGCUACCUGGAAAAAAUUGCGGUUACGCCAAGUACGCUUCAGUUGACAGUGCCAACAAAGCCAUCGAGGCUCUUCACGGACAAGAGAUCUGCGGGUCGCGUCUGAAAGUUUUGGAGGCCGAGGAGCGUAAUGUCGGCGAUGACCGAAGGAAACGAUUGAGAAUGGACGAGGAUGAACAUUAAUGACUUGAGAGUGAUUCACCGACUGGUAAUACACAAUGCAGGACGCACGCCACGAAUUGAGACGAUUUUAAAGACUCACUUGACCACGUCGGGCCUGCAACAGAAGGAUACUACCACGACCAUCCCUACUAUUAACUGUUGUUUACGUUCGUCACAUGUCAACAUUAACUGAAAACUUUUACUUUUCUUUAAACUUGCUUAUCAUCACACUUGACACCGGACAUCACGGUAAUACGUAUUAUUUUUAAGCGUGCCUGUGCUCUAACUUUUCGCGCAAUCGUGAUAAUUGUGACAGCAGUAAUUGGACAAUGAAAUUACAUACGAAGUAUGUACAAAGGCGUUUUUAAGAAAAUAAAUUCGAAAAUAGGAAAAAAGUUAAUGAAGCGAGAAGAUAGAGCGAACAAAUUUGUCGUGUUAAAAUAAAAAAAAAAUAAUAAUAGUAACCACAGACGCGGACGAUUUUCGAAAGUAUUUUGAUAAUUUUUUUAUAAAAUUCAUACAAUUGCAUAUAUAUAUAUAUUUAUAUAUUUGUGUGAACUUUCAUAAAUAUACAUAUAUACACUAUAUAUAUAUAUUUAAAUACGAAAACGUGGAUACAAUUGACGUAUGAAGUUUAUAUGUGUAGAUAUAGUCAAGUCGUAAUUGUACAAUUAAUUUAAAAUCGACUCAAUAUUCCUGAUUAUUUUCUUAAACAACUCAAGAAUUGAAAUGUGAUUUACAUAGUUACUCACCUAUUGGCUAGCGAAGCUAAGUGUCUCAAUUACUAUAAACAAUCUCGACUAAAAAAGUUGUUGUAUAUGAACUUUUACAUAAGGAAACUAAAGUAGAAGAGAAAAGAGUAUUGGACUAGAGAUGCUAUUGAAACUGCGUAUCUUCUCGACGUCCAACAUGUAUUUUUUACUUUAUUAUUUUACAGUUGAUUUUUUGUUUAAAAUAAAUAAUUUUUUAAAAACGUAUCGGUGUUUUACGCGGCAUUAGUGAUUAGAUUAGUCGUACGCUUAUGAAGUCAUGCAGAAUACAGAGUAUUUUUAAAGAAAUUAGAUUCAAGUGAGAUAUACCUGCCGGUUCGCCUCGUCAACAGUUAGUUACUUUCGCAGAGAUAUACGAAUACCAUAAUAGCGGGUAAGCAUAUAGAGGAAGCCGAUUUACAAAUUUUCUAUAUUAUCAUUAUUUCUUCGCUAUCCGAUAUUAUAAUGGAAGAUUUUUAUCGCAAUAUCUGCUGUCUGUAAACCUGUGAAACGUGCGACGGCAUCAGAUACGAGUACAACACAAUAUACAAGAGAUGUGAGAGAAAUACCGAGAAAAAAAAUAAACUGCACACCAACGUCUUUAAAGUGUAAAUUAUUAUAAUUAUAACUAAGGGAAGGCGAGAAGGAGUAAGCGACAGAAAAAGAGAAAUAAGUAAAAUAAUAAGGCGCGUGCGCUAUAUAAUUUUUCAUACUUAUAAACAAAACAGAAACCGAUGGAUCUAUAUAAUCUAAUACAAAUCUAAUCCGAGCGACUUGAGGAAGAGCGAGAUACGGCUUUUCUAUGACUGUAACAGUGACUCUGCCGUCACGAAAUGAUAUACGCAACAGAUACAGAAUCAAAUACAAACUGUAUACAAGCAUUUA